AUGCCGCCUACGCAGCUCGUUGAUUGUGGACGGAAAGGCCUCGGCCUGAAGCUGUUGGAGAACGUGAAGGCAGGCUCCUUUGUCGGAGAAUAUAUGGGCGAGAUCGUGACGGAGCAAGAGUACUACAUGCGACGAGUGCUUUACCAUAAUGAGAAGCACCGCUACAUGAUGGUGUUGAGUGGUGGCGAAGUCAUCGAUGCCACGCGCAUGGGCGGGUGGGCGCGCUUCAUCAACCACAGCUGCGACCCAAACUGCGGAGUGGAGAAGUGGGACGUCAAUGGCGAAGAGCGAUGCGCCAUUUUCGCUCUGCGCGAUAUCGUCGUCGGCGAAGAGCUGACGUUCGACUACAAGUUCGAGUCCUUCAGCAAAGCUGAAAUCACGGAGUGCUUGUGCGGCGCGCCCAAUUGCCGGAAGGUGAUCGGCAUGAACAAUCGCGUCACGAAGCCGACUGCACAGAAGAAGAAGUCGGAGACGGCUCCGACCGACGGUCCGAAGCUGCUGGACCCUGUCAUCGGGCUAAAGUCCAGGCCAGUUCAAGGCGCAAAGAAAGCGGAGGCUCUGAUGCAGCGGAUGGCGCGGCAGCGGUUACUGAGCCACAGUGACAUCCGAGUGCUGCGGCGGUCGCACGUCAUGCUGGAGCGCAACCUGACCUGGCACAUGGAGGACGACUUCGCCCACCUGGCGCUGCUGCCGUACUUCGUCUCGAAGCACUCGUCCGUGAUGAAGCACACGCCGGAGCUCAAGCACGUGCCCGACUUUUUCAACUGGCGAGACCUGCCCAACUUCCCCAAGAAGGUGCGGCGUCUGACGCGGGACGCCAAAGUCGCUCGACUUCACGAUAUCGCCGAGACAUUGCAGGCUCGCCAGCAGCAAGAG